AUGGAGGCUCAACACAGGACAAAAAACCAAACUCUUUAUGUGGAAAGCUAUGAGAAACGGGUUACCUGUGGGAGAGAACCUCCGAGCCAGGAAUGUAAACACAAUGGUGCGAUGCUCAACUGUGGGGAAGCAGAAACAACACUCCACCUCCUCUUUAGCUGUGAUUUCGCGAUCAAGGUUUGGAACUUGAUCCCCUGCACACAAACUUUUGACUCUCGUUUAGUGCAGAGUGUGAGGAGCGGAAUUGAAGCUACAAAGGAUGCAAUUUGCUUACCUACCACCGGAAUUAGCACCGGGCCGAUAUCCCUGUGGGUAGUCUGGUCAAUCUGGAAGAGCAGGAACCAGCGGGUUUUCGAGUCUCGAAGGAUCACCCCAGAGGAUACGGCAACCCAAGCCCUAAGAAACGCCAGAGAAUGGCAAACAUCGCAAAUCAAACCACCGGAACGGAAGAUCCGAUCUCAAUACCGACCUCCGACUCAUCCCCUCACAGUCACAUGCAACACCGAUGCAGCCUGGAACAGAGAGAGGAAGACGGCGGGAUUUGGCUGGAUUUUCAGCUCGAGAGAAGGGGUCCGGAUGACGCAGGGAUCCGCAUCGGAGAGCACAAUCAAAUCAGCGCUGCUGGCUGAAGCAAUUUCAGUACACAGAGCGCUACAACACGCCAAACACCUCGGUCUCACACACAUCUCGGUCGCUUCAGAUUCGCAACUGCUAAUCAAAGCAAUCAUCAGAGGAAUUCCACACAAGGAACUCCACGGGAUUCUUCACGACAUCCUGGAUCUAGCUUGUUUCUUCUUGAAAAUCAGUUUUCGAUAUGUUCCAAGAGAAUCAAAUGUAAUCGCCGAUAAGAUCGCGAAAAACGCUCUGGCUACACUCGGUCUAGGACCGGUUUAA